AUGUCUGUCCUCUCGGACUUCUACCCGUCCGAUGAUGAGAUAGACUGGUUGUCAGACGAGAUUUCGGAGAGCCGCGCUUCUGACUUGGCGCCGGUGGGAGCUUCGGGGCUCUCCGAAGCAAAGGAGCGGAUGCGCGAAGCCGAAGAACUCAAGAGUUCGGUUGCCUCCCUCCCACACCAACAAGACAUCUACAACGCGACCACAACCAGCCAAUACUCAAGGAGGUCGAUAGGCACGCGCGUAUCUUGA